GCUUCUGGCGUUGCUGCUCGUUGGUCGCAAGGUAGCACGCCUCGGCAGGCGCCGGGCGAUCUCGCUGCAACGCCGGUCCGCUCGGGACUUGCACCUCAUCCUCACCGCGGACCUAGCCCGACGCAACGUCCUUCGUAGCCUUGCUCCUCCGAAGAUCCUCCCUACACGUGCAGCACCAGCGUCGCAUAAGUCGCAUGCGGCUCGGCCAAGUCACUCGGCCAUGCGACGGCCCUCGGAGGCGCCAAGCUGACCCAACCAGACCCGCAACCUCGCCCGGCGACACACCUCCUCCGCCGUAACAUCGCCCACGUGCCUGGCACGUGGAGCUCCGGUGUCCGCUGCAGUCAAUCCGCCGCGCAUCGGCAUCAUGCAAGGCGACGAUGGAGCCCUCGCUCCCAUCUGGGACGACGUCGAUCGGACUCUGGGACAGCUCUUUAUGAUGGGCUUUGAAGGCAACACCGUGACUCCUCAGAUCCGACAGUUGAUUGAAGAGAACCAUAUCGGUUCCAUCCUGCUGACUGCCAAAAACCUAACCUCUGCGGAACAAGCGACACAGAUUUGUCGAGAACUGCAACAAAUUGCUUACGAUGCCGGCCACCCGGUACCACUCUCCAUCGGCAUCGACCAGGAGAAUGGCGGGGUCAAUAGUCUUUUUGACGAGAUCUACAUCCGACAGUACCCAUCAGCGAUGGGCAUCGCUGCGACUGGAUCCAAGACGUUGGCCUAUGAGGUCGCCAAAGCCACUGCCGAAGAGAUUGGGGCAUGUGGCAUCAACUUGAUGAUGGGCCCGUGUCUCGACGUCCUCACCAACGCCAGGAAUCAGCCCCUGGGCGUACGAACUACUGGAGAUGAUCCCCAGGAAGUAUCGGCAUACGGCAUCGCGAUGAUGAAGGGCUACAAAGACGCCGGACUCGCCACGAUGGGCAAGCAUUUUCCCUCUUACGGAAGCCUGGAGUUUUUGGGAUCCGCUUUAGACGUCCCGACAAUCACGGAGAGCCUAGAGUCGUUGAGUCUCAAUGCGCUUGUACCUUUUCGAAACGCCAUCAAGGAAGGUCUGGAUGCGAUGAUGGUGGGUGGAUGCGCCAUGUCUUCUGCCGGCCUCAACGUGAUGCACGCAUGCUUGUCCGAACAGGUCGUCAACGACUUGCUGCGUCACGACCUAAAAUUCGAUGGAGUCACCAUAUCCGACUGCUUGGAGAUGGAGGCUCUCAGUCAUAAUAUUGGCGUCGGUGGAGGCACGGUCAUGGCCAUCAACGCGGGAUGUGAUAUUGUCCUACUCUGCCGGUCCUUCCAACACCAACAGGAAGCCAUCGCCGGAUUCAAGCUGGGCCUGGAGAACGCGAUGAUGACCAAAGAACGAAUCCAGACAUCGUUGAAACGCGUGCUGAAGAUGAAGGCAAAGUGCACGUCUUGGGAGAAGGCUCUGAAUCCUCCAGGGCCCGAUUUGUUAUCGAAACUGCAGCCAUCUCAUACCACACUCUCCACGAAAGCAUACAACUCAUCCAUCACGGUCGUUCGGGACCAAGGUCACCUACUUCCGUUGACCAACAUUAUGGAACCGGAGGACGAGCUGCUGCUUUUGACCCCGCUAGUCAAGCCUCCUGCGGCCUCUGCGGCGACUCGAGCCCUGCACGAGCUGUCUUCCAACGACUCCCCCGAGCCUCUAAUAUGGGAGCGCAGCGAGUCUGUGAUGAGCGGAGAGCGCGUGUUCCGAGAGCUUGGCCGAUCACUUGCUCGUCAGCGCAGCGGCCGGGUGCUGCACACUUCAUAUACCGCGAACGGAGUACGGCCGCAGCAUGAGAACCUGAUCAAUCGGGCAGGCGCCAUCAUCAUCGUCACGGCCGAUGCGAAUCGUAAUCUCUACCAACACGGAUUUACCAAGCAUGUGGCGAUGAUAUGUAACAUGCAGUACUCCUCUGGCGGCGAGAAGCGAGAGAAGCCGCUCGUGGUGGUCGCCGUCAGCUCUCCUUAUGACUUUGCCAUGGACAAAUCGAUUGGCACGUAUGUGUGCACGUACGAUUUCACCGAGACCGCCCUGAUCUCGCUGGUGAAGGUGCUCUACGGCGAAUUCUCGCCUGCCGGUUCUCUUCCGGGCACCAUCAGUCAGAGCCAGAAGCUGUCGCACUCCAAACAGCAUUGGCUGGUGGAGGCCUUUAAUGAAGAGAGGGACUCGAAUGCCCUCGACAACCUGCUCAAGGUGACGGUGGAAGGCAACGCGCCAGGUGUGCACUCGGAACUGUCCGGCGCAACAUCCAGCUCGUUUCUCCUUCACAACUCCGAGGUGCUGGAAGCACAUUUUGUUGUGCGAAACAGCAGUACGCAAGCGCUAUACGGCUUCUGCUCGACUUACUUUUUUGUAGCGACCGGGACUGGAGUCAUCGGCGCCAUCUUCGUGGACCCCGGCCGCCGGAAACUGUCCAUCGGGCACUCCCUUCACAACCGCGCGAUCCGCACACUCCUGCAACGGGAGGGCAUCAAACGCUUCCAACUCGGCUCGCGACUGCCCAGUAUAUACCUUGGGCUACCCACGGGGCAUGGUUCGGAACGCAAGCGUCUGCGCUCCUGGUUCGCCAAUCUCGGGUGGAAUACCGCGCUUUCGCGCUCGGUAUGCAGCAUGGUGGCUCGGAACCUUUCCAGCUGGUCUCCGCCGCACGGCAUGGCCAAGAGCCUGCAGAGUGCCGGGGUGGAGUUUGACUUGGUGUAUGGCUGGGACCACGCGGGGCCGGUGUUGGAUCACAUCAAGACGAACAAUCGACAGGGACUGGCCGCAGUAUACAAGAUGGCGCUGUCCGACCGGGCUGCGUGUGGCAUCAUCCGAGCCAAGCGGCCGGAGGACGGGGCGAUAUUGGGGACGGUGGUGAUGUACAACAUGCAAUCUCAGUUCGCCGAGUUUGUGCCAGCAAUGAAGGACAUUGGCGAGCUGGCGGGCGGCAUCUCCUCGCCGGUCAUCAGCCCAUCGGCGGGCGAGUUUUCUACUCUUUUGCAAGGGCUGAUCUUGCUGGGGAUGCGGCAGAUCAAGCAGCAGGGCUGCAGCGUGUGCAUCUUGGACUAUAUGGACGGCGAUGGCAACUUUGACGGCCUGAGCGCGAUGGGAUUUAGUGUGCUGAACAAUUUCGAGGAGGUGUCCUGCGAUGCGGCCACGUGGACGAUGAUACCGCCAUCGUAGCCGCUGCGUGUCGGGCAGACGCUUAUCAGUCGGCUGGGCCGAGGGCAUCUUGUUAUCUACGGUGGGGAGCACUUGCUCAUCACGUAGAGGAUCGGCGGGGUUGUGCAAUAUUGCACAUCGGAGCAUCGGGCUUCCGAGAUGAAGGAUCCGAGGCGGGGUUGGGCAGAGGGGUCAACUCGACGCGCGCGGAGAGAAGCAGGGACAGAUGAGGCGCUACUUUGACCUGGACGACUUGAUGUCGUUGGGAUGCCGCUGAUCUUUGCCAUCGCCGGGCUCGAACAAGCAAGGAAGGGAGGCAAGAGAUGGGGAGAGCGAAAGGAGAAUGAUGUCGUGAUUAGCAGGCAGCAGGGAAGCG